CGUUGAGGGGGCUGUGUAGGGACCGUAGCUUAUGUUCUGGGACCCACCCAGAGUCCUGACACAAGGGUGUUUUUGUAGACACUACCCUCAAAACUGACCAGCACUGGUGGAUUUAGGUUGAGCCGCGUGGCGUUCUCUCCCGUCUGGUUCCUCUACAGCCUCUUCAUGAAGCUGUUUCAGCGCUCUUCACCGGCCAUCACCCUCGAGAACCCUGACGUCAAGUACCCACUGCGGCUCAUCGACAAGGAGAUUAUCAGUCACGACACUCGGCGUUUCCGCUUCGCCCUGCCUUCGCCCCAGCACAUCCUGGGCCUUCCCAUUGGCCAGCACAUCUACCUCUCGAGUAGGAUCGAUGGGAACUUGGUCAUUCGGCCCUACACUCCCGUCUCCAGCGACGAUGACAAGGGCUUCGUGGACUUGGUGGUCAAGGUUUACUUCAAGGACACCCAUCCCAAGUUUCCUGCCGGAGGGAAGAUGUCUCAGUACCUGGAAAACAUGAAUAUUGGCGACACCAUUGAAUUCCGGGGCCCCAACGGGCUGCUGGUCUACCAGGGCAAAGGGAAGUUUGCCAUCCGUGCAGACAAGAAGUCCAACCCUGUUGUCAGGACGGUGAAGUCUGUAGGCAUGAUUGCAGGAGGCACAGGCAUCACCCCAAUGCUGCAAGUGAUCCGCGCCGUCAUGAAGGACCCAAACGACCACACCGUGUGCUACCUGCUCUUUGCUAACCAGUCCGAGAAAGACAUCCUGCUGCGGCCUGAGCUGGAGGAACUGAGGAACGAACAUUCCGCUCGCUUCAAGCUCUGGUACACAGUGGACAAAGCCCCGGAUGACUGGAACUACAGCCAGGGCUUCGUGAACGAGGAGAUGAUCAGGGACCACCUUCCACCGCCUGGGGAGGAGCCGCUGAUACUGAUGUGUGGACCUCCACCCAUGAUCCAGUUUGCCUGUUUGCCAAACCUGGAGCGAGUGGGCCACCCCAAGGAGCGAUGCUUCACCUUCUGAUGGCCGGACGCUGGCCACUCCCGUGCCUGCUGCUCAUGUAUUCACCACAGCCACCUGUCCACCCUUUCCGUCCCCGCCACUGUCCCUCACCCUGACAUCAGCUCACAUCCAUACUGGGGCCUGGGUUCAGCCUGGCCUGCCCGGCCCUGGUCAUCCAGCUGUACUGGCCCCUGAGGGGCCUCUUUGGGAUCAGGACUUUGUAUCAGGUGACCCCUGUUGACCACUUUCUGCAUAGGCUUCUGUUUGGCACUAACUAGCCAUUAUCAGAGAUGUCCCAUGAGCACCCCCUUACACACAGAGAGAGAGAGAAAGAGAGACAGAGACAGAGACAGAGAGACAGACGGAGAGAGAGAAGAGAGAGAGAGAG